AUGGGAGGCGAUAGCUCGAGCGUCUUCUGGGCGGAAAGGGUGCUCAUCUCCGCUGCAGUCCUGUACCUCUACGACUGCGUGCUCACUUUACACGCGGAAUGGCACUUCUACGCGCUCUUCAAACGCUCGCAGUUCUCAAUACACGCACUUGUGUCGUUCGUGGUGCUGCGGUACAUUCCAAUAUGCUACCACGUAUGUGUGGUUUUGCGUGUCGUCACAAGGAAUUGGAAUGCCAAGAGGUGA